UCAGUACAUUUCAUUUCGUUUCCCGAUAUCUUCUUCUCCUUCUCUUCCAAAUUAAUUUUUCAUCUAAUAAAAAGAGAGGAGAGAAAAUGGACGCCAUAGACUCCGUCUUCGAUCCCCUCAGAGAAUUCGCCAAGGACAGCGUCCGCCUUGUCAAGCGCUGUCACAAGCCCGACCGCAAAGAGUUCACCAAGGUGGCGUUCCGUACGGCUAUCGGCUUCGUGGUGAUGGGGUUCGUGGGCUUCUUUGUGAAGCUGAUCUUCAUCCCCAUCAACAACAUCAUCGUUGGGUCCAGUUAGAUUAGGUCAUUUGGGAUUGGAGGCUCACGAUAAGGAUGGAAGUUCUCGGUGAAGUAGUCAACACACGAGGGAGAACCUAGAUCUAAUGUUUUUAGGGUUUUUUUUUUUUAAAAAAAAAAAAAAAAAAUACAUUAACAGAGUACUUUGUCAUGUUUUUCAGAUUAGACUAAGAGUUAAAUUUGAUCUGGUUUAUGUAGCUAAAUGUCAUUCUGAUCCAACAGUUCUUUAGUUCGUUCGGAUGGAAUGGAAGUAUGUUGAAUCAUUUGGAAUC